CUCAAGUUUUGCAUAGUACUUUAGUCGAUAAGUGUUGUCAAUUUGCCAACUGUAAAAUAAUUCAUGAGGCAGCAACAAAUUAAACAUAUGUGAAAUUUAUGAUGUAUACAAGUUAUUGAUUAGCAAAUUACUAUGCGAAAUCUCAGACUGGAGCUGUAUUUAAAAAGUAAUAUGAAAGAAGAUUCAAUCAAAUGACCGAGUUCUACAGUCGUUUCUUCGUAGUUAGUUCAGAAAAAGAUGAAUAUUCCAAUUGUCGCAUUAUUAUUUAUCCUAAAAUGUGUGUCACUAGUCACCGGCGUACCUCAAAGGUUCGAAAAAAAAGAUCUGUUGAAAUUACGUGAAGAAACUCGAGCAAUGUUCGAUCAUGCUUACUCGAGUUAUUUGAAAUAUGCGUAUCCCUACGAUGAACUUCGUUCUUUGAGCUGCGAUGGUUUUGAUACGUGGGGAAGUUUUUCCCUUACUUUGAUCGACGCUCUUGAUACAUUAGCUGUCAUGGGAAAUUUUACUGAAUUUAGACGAGUAGCCGAAAUCAUAGCAUCAAGAUCUGACUUUGAAGCCAAUAUUAAUGUUUCAGUAUUUGAAACUAAUAUCAGAGUUGUAGGAGGUUUGCUGAGUGCACACUUGCUGUCACGAAAGGCAGGUAUGCAACUAGAGCCUGGUUGGCCUUGCAAUGGUCCAUUGCUUCGUCUGGCUGAAGAUAUGGCUAAAAGAUUAAUUGUAGCUUUUGACACUCCAACUGGUAUGCCAUAUGGAACAGUUAAUUUAAAAUAUGGUGUUCCACCAGGUGAAACAAGUAUCACCUGCACUGCUGGAAUAGGUACGUUUUUAUUAGAAUUUGGAACGCUAUCAAGGCUAACUGGCGAUCCCUUAUAUGAAGAAGUUGCAAUGAAUGCUAUUAAAGCUCUGCACCAUUAUAAAUCCAAUAUUGGCUUAGUUGGUAAUCAUGUUGAUGUUUUAACUGGACAUUGGACAGCUCAAGAUUCUGGUAUUGGAGCUGGUGUCGAUUCCUAUUUUGAGUACUUAGCUAAGGGAACUCUUCUUUUUCAAGAUCCAUCAUUAGCAGCUAUAUUCCAUGAACUUAAAGCAGCUAUUGAAAAAUAUAUUAGAAGAGAAGACUGGCAUUUAUGGGUUUCAAUGACUAAAGGGCAAGUUACACUACCAGUUUUUCAAUCUCUGGAUGCAUAUUGGCCUGGUGUACUCAGCUUGUUUGGCGAAGUUGAAGAUGCUAUGAAAUCACUUCAUAAUUACCAUAAAGUAUGGAAACAAUUUGGUUUUACACCAGAAUUUUAUAAUAUUCCUCAAGGUGAAGCAGGUACUAAUAGAGAAGGAUAUCCAUUAAGACCUGAACUCAUUGAAUCAGUUAUGUAUUUAUAUAGAGCAACAGGUGAUCCAUUUUUAAUUCAAGUAGGAAUUGAUGUUUUGAGAAGUUUACAACACAGUGCAAAAACCACUUGUGGGUAUGCUACUAUUAAUGAUGUCAGAGACCAUAGAAAAGCUGAUAGAAUGGAAUCAUUUUUCUUGGCUGAAACCACCAAAUAUCUUUACUUAUUAUUUGAUCCUGACAAUUUUAUUCAUAACAAUGGAGAACAUGGUGAUAUUAUUCAAACACCAUGGGGACAAUGCGUUGUUGAUGCUGGUGGUUACAUAUUCAAUACAGAGGCUCAUCCAAUAGAUCCAGGUGCAUUGCAUUGCUGUCAGCAUCCACAUAAUCUUUUUACACAAAAAAAAUCACAGCUGUACAAAUUUGUUGCUGUUGAUAAUAGAAAAAGUAAAGAUCCAAUUGAUGUUAAAUAUUUUGAAGAUGAUGUAAAUAAAAAUAUAGGAAAAAAUAAAUUUAUAAGAAUUGAAAAACUAUCAGAUAUUAAAAAAGCAAAAGCUGAAGAUAAAGUGACUAAUGAACAGCUCAAGAGUUCUGAAGGGUCUGAUAGUGAAAUUAAAGAUCAGUUUAAUGGCAAAUUAGUAAUUAUGGCUCCUCCAAGUGAAAUUUACAAAGUUGAUGACAGCGAACACAUAGAGAUAUUAGGAACUGUUCCACGAACAAGUAAGGAACACGCAGCUCCUCUUAUAGAAACAGCUCAAACAAAUUCAACACCUAAUGAUGAUGAAAAACCUACAGAAAGAGAAUUUUAUAAUGAUCCUCAAAUUUUAUUAGAAAGAAUAAGAAAAAGUAAUUCAUAUCCUUCUAAUUUAACAGCUAAAGAAGAUUUUCAACUGUUAAGCUGUCAAUCUCAACCUUUCUUACAACGAAUAUCGAUUGUUGGUGAAUUUUUUUAAAUGACUUAGAUAAAUGCGUUAUUUUAUUAUUAUAAACUACUUAAGCUGCAAGAGAACUGAGCAUAUUUAUAUUUUUUAAUUAAAAAUCUGGUUUAAUAAGUUGAAGAGUUGAAUGCAAUUGAAGACUUAUAAAGUACAACGAGUAAAUUUUCUGAUAGUAGAAUCUAUUGAAUAUCAUUAUACUUUUUGAUACAGGACUUGAAAAAUUUUGAUUUUUAACAUUUGAAACACACCUCUAUGACGUAAAUUUAUAAAUUAUUACAUUCUAAAUGAGAAUAUUAACCAAAGACAGUGUGAACUCCAGAAGUACAAAAAAUUUUAUACAAAUUCUGCAUUGCUACUAAAUGUUUUACAAUAUUUAUUUAAAAAAUGUUAAA